CUCUUUGCCCAAAUUAACAUUCGAAAUCACAAAUUCCUGCGAUCUUGCAAAGGUCGCCAACGUAUCAUCAUCAGGCUGGCUUGUCUUGCCUUCUUCUAUCUUUCAAUUAUAUUUUUACACUCUUUCUGUUGAAACUAUAUCGGCCAUGUUUUUGCUUACUAUCACUGUUCUCUGUGGUGCUCACUUGAUUCCCCUUGUCGAUUUGAUAUCUGAAAAUCCUUCUCAGUUCACACUUGCAACCUGUACAUUCAUGACAAUUCCACAGCUACCCCCUUUGACAUUGCAUUUCAGAAAGGCUACUGUGUUGUUUUCCUACCCCCCCCGGUCAAUAUAUUUUUCCUGUUUCUAUGGUUGUCACUCUUGCUCUGCCUAGGUAAAUUUUGCUUAAUAUGGUCUGGAAUUCUAUUGGCUCGAUUAAAGCUGCAACC